AUGGCUGACGUAGAAGAGCCGCGUUUCAACUCGCUGGCAGAGCGCAUUGCUGCUCUCAAUGCCCAGAAGAACUUUCAGGCGCCCCCUUCGACAGCAGGGAAGCGGCCCCCACCCCCGCCCCCUCCAGUGAGGGCUGCCACCAUCACCACCACCACCACCACGACACCAUCACCAUCACCACAACAGCCCCAGAAUGAGACGGCUCCGGUGAUGCCACCCCGUCCAGUGAGGGCCUCAACGGAGAAACUCCCACCUCCACUUCCUCGUCGGACCACCACCGACAUUGAGAAGGGAGAUCGACCCGCACCGGGCCCGGGACUGGGACGGGUGCUCCCGCCUCCAUUGCCUUCACGGGAUUCUUCUUCGGCCAAGGGAACACCGCCGGCUCUCCCCUCUCGCCGGCCAUCAUCAAAUCUCACUCUUCCUACCCCUGGAGGCCGGAGGAAUUCCAACUCAUCAGACAUCUCAUACAUAUCUACCAUGUCUAGUUUGUCACUGAACCAAGAUGGGCCGACUCCAAGAAGAGGGCUUCCGCCCCCAUUAGAGCAGGCAAAGCUCCCUCCUUUACCACCAACUCGUCGUGAGCUCGAGGCCAAGGCGAAAGAAGAGGCCGCAAAUACCCCUCCUCUCCCUCGUCGUGUGACAGAGCCACCACCUCAAGCCAUGCCAGAGCUUCCCAGUGGCAGGCCCUCAUUGCCCCCUCGGCUCCCAUCCAGGCCAGCAAAGUCACCCCUGAUGAACGCAACCGAGGCCCCAUCUCCCUCUCUCCCAGCUAGACGCCUCCCACCCCCUCCAUCAAGCUACAAAAACCCCAAAUCCGCCCUGGAAUUAGGUUUCAACAACAAACCCAGACCAGCCGACGAUGUCCCACCCCCUAUUCCACUCGCUUCCCGCCCAAGCAUCUCCCAAAUAGAAGCCGUCCGCUCCGCCUCAACCGCCUCCCCAACAGCAGCAGCAUCAUCAUCAUCAUCAUCGUCACCACCCCCUUCCUGCCUCGUCUGCCGUGACUUCUCCGGCCCUGAUACGGUCGCCGCCCAGCACCCCUACACCUCCCUCCCCAGGCAGGACCCCAUCUCCUACCUAGCCCACCACCUCUGCUCCCCUUUCCCCUCGCCCACCGAUAAAGCCCGCGCAAUCUUCACCUGGUGCCACCACAACAUCGCCUACGACGUCCACGGCUUCUUCAACAACUGCAUCCCCCGAGGCCUCACACCGGCAGAAACAAUCUUUUCGGGAAAAGCCGUCUGCGAAGGCUACGCAAAAGUCUACGAAGCCAUCGCCCGCGCAGCGGGUCUGCACUGCAUUGUUGUCGGCGGUCACGGCAAAGGCUACGGCUUCAGCGCCCUCAAAAAAGGGGAGCGGUGCCCGCCAAAGGACCCGACUGGCCACGCGUGGAACGCGGUCAUGAUCGAUAAUGAUGAGUGGAAGCUUAUUGACCCGUGCUGGGGAGCGGGGCAUCUGGAUGGGGGUACGAAUGGGUAUAAGAAGCAGUUUAGUCCGGGGCAGUUUGCGAGGAGCAAUGAGUUUUUCGGAAGGAGUCACUACCCGAGCGAUGAGAGGCAUUUUCACAGGAGGGAUGGGAGGGUGCCGAGUUGGGAGGAGUACAUCUUGGGGGAGACUGGGGGGGAGGAGCCGGCGGGGUGGAUGGGGGAUGCGGAGAGGGAGGGGGGGUUGGAUCAGAGUAAUUUUGAGCCGAAACAGAAAGAGAUUUGUGUUUCGGGGGCGGGGGAGGGAACGGUGACGAGGUUUCAGUUUGGGAAGGUAUGCCCGCAUUGGGUGAGUGAGAAGCACGGGAGGGGAAGGCAGAUGUUGAUUUGUUUGGUUUUUGGGGAGGAUGAGAAGAGGGCGGGUGGGAAGGAGAAGUUCGUGCCGUUGGAGACGGACGGGUUUUGGUGGUGGCUGGAUGUGAGAACGAGGGAUUUGGGGGGGGUGGGGAAGAGGGUGAGGUUGGUGGGGAUUACGACGGUGGAUGGGAGGGAUGCGAGGGGGUUGACGGGGGAGGAGUUUAAGGGGGUUGUGGGGAGGAAGGCGUUUGCCAUGUGUGGGAUGGUGGAUUGGGUGUUGGUUUGA